AAAGUCCCUCCUCCUCCGGCUCCUGCUCGCAGAGUUAGAGUGUGGUGUGUGUUUGAGUGUGUCUGAGUGAGUGAGGAAGGAGUGAAAGAGUGAAAGAGAGAGAGAGAGAAAAAGAGAGAGAGACAGAAAGAAGUGUUCACAAUCCGUCCGGACCGCGAGCGGUGUCGCGUCACUCACGUCACGUUGAAGAAGAUACUUUACCAACAGCAGCAGCAGCUCGCGCGCGGCAUGGACGAGGAGAUGCUGUCUGCGGACGAGGGUCUCGGCGUGUGCGCGCGGCAGCGGAGCCCGUACAGCGCCCUCAGGACGCUCGCGACCAAGCGCGCGAUUAUAAGGGCGAGGCGAGACAGACCCACCAUGGUGGACAUCCCGCAGGUGGGGGACGGCGCAGGGCGCGUGCAACAACAACAGCAGCAGCUCGCGACCGGACCGCUCUACACACACCAGCACCCACUGCAGCUGCAGCGCCUCCCCUGCGACGCGAGCGCGAGGCCCAGCAGCGUCGGCGGAGCUCCGGGAAGCCCCGCGCAACCCCCGCUCUUCUGCAGCCGCAGGAGGGUCACCCUGCCCCCGGGCCGCACUGAGCUUAGCCACGAACCUCCGGACUGCAGCUACGGCAUCAGCCAAGAAAACCGGCUUAUCCUGGACGCCUUUGCGCAGCAGUGCAGUCGUGUGCUCAGUCUGCUGAAUGGUAACAGCAGGCUGUUACCCCCUCCACCUCCACCACCCCUCAGCCCCCCAUCCUCCUCAAUCAUCUCCACCGUCAUCAAGCAGGAAGUCGGCUGCCAGUCUGAACCUGAGCCGCUGGAGACAAAGCCUAAACCAGAGGAUCUGGAUUUGGCCCGCACCUCACCCCAGCGCAGUGGAGAACAGUGGGGCCAACAGCAGACAUCAAACCUUCUUCAGGUCUUCACAGAGUCCCUGCAGAACUAUCUACUGGCUGGUGCACAGGCCACACAGGUGGAUUCCCGGCUCCAGCCUGAGCGCCCGUCCGCCGCCCCUAGCUCACCACCCCACAACCUGGCUGGCUGGAGCUCCCCCACACCCUCGGAGUCAUAUGGUCACCCUUCCUCAACGCUGCCUGAGGAUGAUGAGGAGGAGGUCGGCUGCUGUCCACGCUGCAUAGAGCUAGAGCAGGAGGUUCUGAGCCUGCAGCAGGAGAACGAGGAGCUCCGGCAUAAGCUGGAGAGCAUACCAGUGCCAUGCCAGACAGUGCUGGAUCACUUUAAGUCAGUACUGCAACAGUAUAACCAGUUCACGCCACCCCCCACUGAGGAGCAGCUCACGGAGGUUAGAGAUCCAGACACUGGGGCAGAUGACAUCCUUCAGGGGUGUAAUUCUACUCCAGAUCAAAAAAUAUCUGGAAUCAUUAAUGUGGAUUGUGAGCGCAUAUUGCAGCCGUACCAAGACGCGUUUUGCGCUGCACCUCCUCACGGCAGUAAGCAGCUGCUGGGGAACUACCCUCUCUUCAUCACUAACAAACAGUGGGACGAGGCUGUGAACUCGUCGAAGAAGGACGGCCGCCGGCUGCUGCGUUACCUCAUACGCUUUGUCUUUAGUACAGAUGAACUGAAGUACUCGUGCGGUUUGGGGAAGAGAAAACGCUCGAUUAUGAGUGAAGGACCAGAGAGGCGGCCACUCAACCCCAUCAAAGUCACCUGCCUGAGAGAGUUUAUCCGGAUGCACUGUGCUUCAAACCCGGACUGGUGGAUGCCGUCUGAGGAGCAGAUUAACAAGGUGUUCAGUGACGCUGUGGGUCACGCACGUCAGGGCCGGGCUGUUGGCACCUUCCUGGCCAGCAGCGGCAGUGGCAGCAGCAGCAGUGGCAGCAGUCUGUACAUGGACGGCUAUGAUGGACAGCUGUCCCAGGACGAGCUCUACCUCAAGAGUUCACAGAACGGACUAGGGGACUAAAUCUCUCUGAGAAGGACUUGGACCAGCAGACUGUUUGCAGUGUCAGCACUCACUGUAUUGGACUGUUGUAGCUUCAUGACAUAAUAGUUCAGUCUGUGAUGUCAUCGAUUGUUGAAUUCAUGAUGGCACAAUAAACAAAGAACAAGGAAUUUCACACAACAUGAUUUCUCAGUAAGAGCCAACAUCCACUUUUAGACAUAAAGGCUUAAAAAACAUAAUCUUUAACAAUUUCUCUGAUCUCCUAAGAGAUAUUAAAAUCUCUUUUUCUAUGCCACCGCUCAUCAGCACCUUUGUUUUUAAUAUAACAGUGAUAUUUACAUAAUUUUAUGCUCCAUAUCUUCCUGCUCAAACACAUGAACUGGUGAUACAAAGCUAAUGUGGUAAAUAUAUAUUAAAGUCAAAUAACCACAUGAAUAAUUCUUCACUCACCUCGAGCCACCUCAAGUUCAAGAUCUUAAGCAGACUCAUGUAUGUGGUUUCAUAUAUAUGACAUUUUGUAUUUAUUUAAAUGGCAAAAAUUCUGUUUCAAUUCAGCAGCAUGAUUUUGUCUAUUUUACAAAAGCAAAUGUCAUGUUUGCCUUUUUAUCCAGUGCAAUACUGAAGUAAAAUUUUGGCACCAAAUAUGUGUUGGUUGAUCAGCUGUAGAGGAAAAGCAAAAGUUCUGUUAAGUAACAUUGGGCUAAGCCAUCAGAUUAAACAAAAGGGAUGAUUUAACAGUAGUUUUCCCUCAAUGACAGACAUUUUUCUCUUUUUUGGCUUCAAUUUUGGCCUUGUGAAAAACUGAGAAGUCCUGAUCUGUGAAAUCCCCUCCACAAUGAGGCAAAUACCCCCUGAUGAGACAAACAGGCAAACAGAUAAGCAAACAAAAGUAAGGGUACACUUUUCCAUACACUCCCUUUCUCCACAAUACCUUCCUUUUCCUUUCACCAACCCAGCAGUAGCCAUUUUUUACAGAUAUAUACUCUCCCCUUCUGCAGUGUGAGCUGAAAUAUUCCAAUCUGCUUUCUGUAGCAUUGUACAUACUUAUAAACACCAAGAGGAUCCUCUUGCAGGUCAUCGUUAAGAGAAGUGUGUUGUUGAGAGCGUGUGGUACAUGGCAGAGACAAAUGCUUAAAUGGUCAAAUCACAACAUUCAUAUCAUAAAUUACAUGAUUUGGGCCUAUAUAAUAAAAUCUAUUUUAGUUAAAAUGUGAUAGAGAAAUAAAUAUGAAUGUAUUAAUUGUAAUGAUGUUCACUGUACAUAGGGGAGGGAGCUUCCUGCUUUCAGAGUCUGUGUGUGCAUACGCAUAACAUAUUAUGAAGGUGCUAUUAUAACAAGUCAUUAUAGACAAUGGAUAACAUAUCAAAGAGUUUAUUCAUAGAUGAGGAAGUUCAAAGUGCCAUCAAUUAUUCUGUUGUCAGAUGUUGAAUGUUGUGGUAAAAUCGGUUUCAUGGUCAGUGUUUGAUGGAAUCGUUCGUCCAUGUUUGUGAAGACGGAAGUGAGGCUAUGCCACUGAUGUGUGUAGACGGCUCAGUAAGCCCUAAAUCAAGCCUUUGGGGAGAUCCUAUAAAAAGAUUAUGCCUGUUGUCCCAUGUUUUAUAUAUGUGUGUUUGCUGAGGGAAAGAAAACUGAAUGAAUCUACUGAUCCUUUGUGUGGUCAUCUGCACAUAUAUUUAAUCAGUCUAACCAUAUAAUAGUGGACUUAUUUGGGGGUCAGUGUACAAAGACCAUUUUUUGCAUUAGGAUUUUUGAGAUGCCUUAAACAGAGUUGAAGUCUGCCACUCAGAACUUUAAAUACUGCCAAUUUCUGACUGUUGCCAGUCUGCUGGUACUUUACCACUGCUGAUACUUCUGGCUGACUUCAUUGUUUCAUUUUAUUUUAUUUAUUUUAUUUUUUGAGCCAGAAUAAUUGGCUACAAAAUGAGCUAUAUCCUCUUCCUGAGGUCUUAGCCAAGAAGGACUGUCUAAGCCUGUGUUGCUGUGUGUAGCCAACUUUGUUGUGGUUGUGUAAAUCUGUGGUAGCUCAGUUAGUUACCCUGUUCUAGAAAUUCUGUGAACACUGUGAAACCAUAAACUGUUGUUUGUCCUUAUUGUCAAUAGAAUAUUCCUUGAAUGAA